AUGUGCGAUGAUUGCGUAGAUUUACGUUCGUUCCAACACGGUGCCUUUGGUGAACUAGGCAGACCCGAUGAAGAGAAGACAAACUGGCCGGCAAACGGAGCCGACAGCUAUAUCUUUCUGUCUUUUUCAUCAAAUAUUUCUACUCCUCGUUUCCAUUGCUCUGAUUCUAUUUAUAUAUCGAUUUACCUCUGCGUUAUUUUCUCUCUGUUUUAUUCACUUCAAGCUCACUUCACCCAAAUCUUAACAUCUCUCUCUCUCUCUCUCUCUCUCUCUCUCUCUCAUGCAUUCUAUUCUUUUAAAUACAUAUCUAUUUACUCGGCCGUCGCUCAGUUUGUUUUCCUGUCUGCGUCUCAGUCUGUCAGUCUCUGUCUCUCUGUCUCUCUGUCUCUCUCUCUCUCUCUCUCUCUCUCUCUCUCUCGUACAUUCUGUUCUAUCUAUUCGGUCGUCGUUCAGUUAGCCUGUAUAUCUGACUGUUUCAGUCUGUCUGUCAGUCUUUCCCUCCCUCCCUCUCUCUCUCUCUCUCUCUCUCUCUCAAUCUCUCUCUUUUUCUCUCACUCUCUGCAUUUUGUACUUCUCAAUACAUAUCACAGUUUCUCAAUCUACCUAUCUGGUUUUCUGUAUGUCUGUCGGUCUCUCUCCCUAUCUCUCUCUCUCUCUCUCUAA